AUGGCGAUCCUACAGCGACAGGAGACGUCACUUGAGGACAUCAUCGACUCAUGCCUCGCUGACAGCACAAAAGAGAGAUAUGAGUCCGGGCUACGACAACUCAUCAAGUGGAUUCACUUGACCGGCGAGACUGACCUUUUGAAAGACGACGGCACCAUCGACUUGAAUGUAUUCAAGUACACGCACUUCGUCCAGUUCAUCGUUUGGGUCUACCAAAACACACCCGUCAAGGUCGGAACAAUGUCAUUAUACCACGAAGCACUCCGGUGGUACAACAAGCGGGAAGACGUUGCGAUGCCAAUGGAGUACGCGACAAAACUCAAAACGAUUUUCACAGGAAUGCACCGUCUAACUGCAACUGACGAGCAGACGUCAAACCUGAAGGACUCUGGCAAACGGCCGCUUGGAUUUAGCAUGUAUGAGGCACUUUGCCAAGAAUCCCUCCGAACGUCGGACAGCGGUUUUGUACACCUAUUCCUUGUGAUCUCUUGGAACUUGAUGGCGCGCUCUAAAUCGACAGAGACGAUUCACAUUGUUCACAUUUCGUUUGAAGAAGAUGCAAUUGGUGUCACGUACUUUAAGUCAAAGACCGACCAGACCGGAAUCGCCGAGACCCUCGACAUGUCUGCGCAAAUCCAUCAUCACCGGUAA